AUGAUCGAUAUGCUAAACGAAAACGGCAUUCCUAUCUCAAGCAGUUUGAAAGGUCUAGAGCAAGCAAUCAAAACUCAAAGAGAAAUGGAGACUCAAGAUCCAUCCGAACAGAUUGCAAAAGCAGUGCUGGAGAAGUUCCAACAACAAAUACUUCCCGGACUGGUAGCAAAUAUGAUUGCUGGUCGGAAUCCGUUCAAAAUACCACAACAGAUGAGAUCACCACAAGCUGAACCAACUGAGAUUAGGCGCAUGGCUUUGCAAACCGCCCACCAAAACGAUCCGGACGAUUAUCAACCCGCGUCUCUGCCAGCUGCUACAUAUCGUUCGAGUCAUCCAAGCGAGAAGUACCGUGGCGGCUACCGUAGCGAAGACGAACAGAAUUCUUUUGACGAAUAUUCUAGAAGAGGACUUCUGCGAAAAUUACGUAGCAGCCCUCGCUUAAGAGCUUUGCUUGAGAAUCCAGAAGUUGCUUCGGUGCUCAGUUAUAGAAGUUUGCGAGAUGAACCAUUGCACGGCAGACCACUUGCUAGCGAUAAUGAUGUGCAGUAUGAACAGCAAAAGCCAAAGCUCGAUACGAAAUCAGCACUUGUGCUAGGUUUGCACGAGAUAUAUGAGGAAGACGAGAAUGAUAGGGAAGAACAGGAAUCAAAUCAAAUAAGGCGAUCACCAUUUUCGCUCUCUCCUGACUUCGUCAAAUCGCUAAAAAGUAAUCCAGAAGUAAAAGAAGCGCUAAACAGAAUCAAGUAUAGAGUAGAAGAUGUCGAAAAAUACCUCAGUCCAAAACCAAUUAUACAAAAUCCAAAACCACAACCUGGUUAUUUUGUCCCAAGAAAGCUCCCAACGAGGCCCCGCAAGAUGCUUCCUCUUAUAGUUGGCAUAGAUCCUGAGGAACAGACAGAAAUUCGUCGAAUGGGUAUUGGUAAUCCUAUUGGAAUGGUGCACAAGAAGUCUAGGGUUUUGGCAAAUCUACAAAAUAAUCCUAACAUUGCCCCACUAUUUAUGGACGGAAAUCUUGAGGAAAUUCUGAGCGGAAGAGAGAUUCUUUCCCCGGAACAGAAAGGGAAGCGAGCAGUCAAACAAAUCAAAGCCUUUCCUCGUUUAUUUGGUUCGAAAACCUACAAUCCGAUCGAUGGCAAAGUGUCACAGGUGAUAGAAGAAAGACCUGUUCCACCUCUAGUUUGGACACCGACCGGUCGUCACACACGUCUACGAUGGGUUGGAGCCACAGAAAAAGAAAUUCCAGGACUUGGCGGACGGUUUAUCCUCCCCUCACUUGAUCCAACGAUGCCGGCCGUGAACACAGCUUACUCUACUCAGGGAAGAACUAGAGACGAAUGGGACACAACAUUCAAGAUUCCCAAUGCUUGGCAAGCAGGAGACGAUGUGGGAUUUUCGGUGAAAUCAAAAAGCCAACGAUUUAUAGGCGGUAACGGAGGAUUUGAUAUGCCUGCAGCUCAUCUGAGAAAAUGA